UUAUCCAGGUAAGUACUUUUCGCCUACUUUGGACCAUUGACCUUCUCGCACGCGGGAACAGACUUCGCGAUAAACGCAUUACGUCACAGGACUGAAGCAACCGUCAAAGAAUGGACUCAUUUCUUGUUGUCUCCUUUUUUGUCGCUUUAUUUUCAUUCUCUUCAGCCGUACCGGUCAACGAACAGACCGUUAGUUUCUAUGAAGACUGGUUUAAUAACUACUUGGUAAUGGCGGAUGGAGUCACGUGUUACUUCUGGCAAACAACUGGACAAGACGCAAGUACUUUAAAACUUCAGUCUGGACAAAGAGCACUAGAGCAACACAUGAUCGACAACCUAAGAAAGGGGGUUCAACUGACCCAAUUCACACCCAACAAGAUGUCUGUGUCUUUUGUGAUCGUCAACCGUUGUGCAUCCGGGACUUCAUACAUGGCAGCCAUUCCGCCUUCAUCAAUACACAUAGGAUAAACAAUGCGAAAAUAAAGCAAUACUUGUCAAA